CUCGUGCCGUUCCGCCGUUCGUGCCGACGAUGGGAGACGUCCUGUGCGAAGAGCUCGAGGAUUUAGUUCACUUCUCGGUGCACGACCUGCCGGCACGAGGCUAUGUCGUCAUGGAGGAGAUCCGUCGUCAGGGGAAACUCUGUGAUGUCACGCUCAAGGUAGGGGAUCACAAGUUCAGCGCUCACCGGAUCGUUCUGGCCGCCUCCAUCCCGUACUUCCACGCCAUGUUCACUAACGACAUGGUGGAGUGCAAACAGGACGAGAUCCUGAUGCAGGGCAUGGACCCUAGUGCUCUGGAGGCUCUGAUAAACUUUGCGUACAGCGGCCACGUGGCCAUCGACCAGCAGAACGUUCAGGCCCUCCUGAUUGGCUCGAGCUUCCUGCAGCUGCAGAAUGUUAAAGACGCCUGCUGCUCCUUCCUGCAGGAGAGGUUACACCCUAAGAAUUGUCUGGGAGUGCGUCAGUUUGCAGAGACCAUGAUGUGUACGACUCUGUACGACUCGGCCAACAGUUUCCUCCAUCAGCACUUUGUGGAGGUUUCUGUGUCUGACGAGUUUCUGGGUCUGAGGACGGAGGAGGUCCUGGAGCUGGUGGGCUGUGACGAGCUCAACAUCCAGGCUGAGGAACAGGUGUUUGAGGCGGUGCUGACCUGGGUUCAUCAUGACCGGGACCUGAGGGAGUCUCUGCUGCCGGACCUGCUGGCAAAGAUCCGCCUCCCUCUGUGUCGCCCUCAGUUCCUGUCAGACCGAGUCCAGCAGGACGAGCUUGUACGCUGCUGCCAUAAAUGCAGAGAUCUGGUGGAUGAAGCCAAAGAUUUCCACCUGAUGCCGGAGCGCCGUCCUCACCUGCCCGCCUUCAAGACCAGACAAAGGUGCUGCACGUCCAUCACAGGGCUCAUCUACGCCGUGGGCGGACUCAACAGCUCAGGCGACUCCUUAAACGUGGUUGAAGUGUUUGAUCCAAUCGGGAAUUUCUGGGAGCGAUGUCAACCAAUGAGGACAGCUCGCAGCAGGGUGGGCGUGGCCGUGGUUAACGGGCUGCUGUACGCCAUUGGCGGUUAUGACGGCCAAUCACGGCUCAGCACGGUGGAGGUUUACAACCCGGAGACGGACAGCUGGACACGCGUGUCAAGCAUGAACAGCCAGCGCAGCGCCAUGGGAACGGUGGUGAUCGACGGACACAUCUACGUCUGCGGCGGCUACGACGGAAAAUCCUCGCUCAACUCUGUGGAGUGCUACUCUCCAGAGACCGACAGGUGGACGGUGGUGACGGAGAUGAGUGCGAGUCGCAGCGCUGCAGGUGUGACGGUGUUUGACGGACGCAUCUUUGUCUCUGGCGGCCAUGACGGUUUACAGAUCUUCAACACGGUGGAGUACUACAACCACCACACUAACCGCUGGCACCAGGCUCAGCCUAUGAUGAACAAGCGGUGCCGGCACGGCGCCGCGGUGCUGGGCAGCCACAUGUACGUAGCGGGGGGGUACGACGGCUCGGGCUUCCUGAGCGGGGCGGAGGUAUUCAGCGCCGCGACGGGGCAGUGGAGCCUCCUAGUGGCCAUGAAUACGCGGCGCAGCAGAGUGUCGCUGGUGUCGACGUCGGGACGCCUGUACGCUGUGGGCGGAUAUGACGGACAGUCCAACCUCAGCUCCGUGGAGAUGUACAACCCCGACACCAACCGCUGGACCUUCAUGGCGCCCAUGGCGUGCCAUGAGGGGGGGGUGGGCGUUGGCUGCAUCCCCCUGCAGCCUGCCUAACCCUCCAAUCAGAGGCCGAGGAGCGACGCGUUACUGACGGCUGCAGGCGGGGAGGCGGCGCCCUCCGCCGGCGCUCACUGAGCUUUAUCGGUACGACGGCUGGGCUCAGACCUGCACACUGACGCCGGCCACUGGGAUUAUGGGUAAAACUGUAGAGCUAGCCUGCAGUCGCUAGCUGCUAGCAUCAUGCUUUUAGGGAGUGUGAGGACGGAUCGAUGGAUAAUAUCGAUUUUUGAUCAGGAAGAACCCAGCUGCUGAGCUCCGCCUCCAAAUAAUGGAUCAGCAGGAGUCAGGUGACUGACGGGCAGGAAGUGGAGCUGCAGACACAGGAAGAAGACUGAAAUAACACAUCAGCUAACUCUCCUCUUUUAUUUUGAAAGCCCUCACUGAGCGGGGGGGCAUCAGAGGGUUUCUGAUCUGUCGUUUUACUUUGAAAGCCUUCACACAGUGGGGAGGCAUGUUCCCAAGGUCAUGGAAAACCUGGAAAAGUCAUAACAUUUCACAAUUACAUUUUCCAGGCCCAAAGAAGACAUGGAAAUAUUAAGUCAUUGAAAGGUUUGGAAAAAUCCUGGAAAUGUGUGUAAUAAAUUGAAUGACAUCAA